GACCCCAGCCGCCUCCUGUUUCCAUCUCUCUCAUCCCCCUCUCUCUGUCAUUCGGAGGCAGUCCGUCCGUCGGCUGUGUGCGUACACUUGGCUCACACACACACUCUGUCUCUCCAUAGUCUGAGAAGUAAGGCUACUGUGUUCUACAUAGCAGGAUAUUGUCUUGGUUAAGGCCAGUAAAGGUAGUGGAUUGCAUGUCGCCGAGGCAACACAGCUUUGUGUAUUAAUUAGAUCUGUCCUUCCGGUCUCCUGGCUACUGGUUUGGCUUUUCUUCUUUAAAUGGAAGGACUAUAUCACGAUAUUUCCAGAAUUUCCUACUACACAGAAUAUGACAGACACCUAGCGCACAGAAAAGGCAUGGCGACAGCAUACCUGGACCCCAACCUCAACCACGCCCUGGCUGGGGGUGCCAAGUCGCGCCUCAGCGCGGGCACAGGCACGGCAAUAGAGAGAGCCCCCGGGGCUCCAGACAGGGUCCUGAAGGUCUUUCAUCACUUCGAGAGCAACAGCGAGCACAGCACAUGGGCCAGCAACAUCCGCCAUGGGGACGCCACCGAUGUCAGGGGGAUCAUCCAGAAGAUUUUGGACAUCCACAAGGUGAAAUGCGUGGCGUGCUUUGGCCUGCGUCUCAGCCACUCCCAGUCCGGCCAGGUCCACUGGCUCCACCCUGAUAUGGGUGUGUCCCAUGUGAGGGAGAAGUAUGAGCAGAACCGUACCCUGGAGGAGUGGAGAUAUGAGCUGCGUAUUCGCUACCUUCCAAAGGGAUUCCUGCACCGCUUCAGUGAAGACAAACCCACACUCAACUACUUCUACCAGCAGGUGAAAAAUGACUACAUGGUGGAGAUAGCGGAUCAGGUUGAGCAAGACAUUGCACUUAAGUUGGGAUGCCUUGAAAUCAGGAGAUUCUUCCGGGAGAUGCGAGGAAAUGCUCUGGACAAAAAAUCUAACUAUGAACUAUUAGAAAAAGACGUGGGCUUAAGAAGAUUCUUCCCCAAGAGUUUAUUGGAUUCAGUCAAGGCCAAAACCCUGCGGAAGCUGAUCCAGCAGACAUUCAAACAGUUUGCCAACAUGAAUGAUGACCAGAGCAUCCUCAUGUUCCUGGAGAUUCUGGCGCCCGUCUACAGAUUCGAUAAGGAGUGUUUUAAAUGUGCUCUCGGGUUGAGCUGGGUCAUCCAAGUAGAGUUAGCCAUCGGACCUGAGGAGGGCAUUAGCUACCUUACAGACAAGGGCUCAACUCCAACCCACCUGGCCAACUUCACCCAGGUGCAGACCAUUGGGUACUCCGUCAUGGAGGACAAGGAGAGGAAGGGCAUGCUGCAGCUCAACGUGACCGGUGCUGCUGAGCCUCUCACAGUGACCACGCCGUCACUCACCACAGCUGAAAACAUGGCCGACCUCAUAGACGGCUACUGUCGCCUGGUCAACGGAGCCACCCAGUCCUUCAUCAUACGGCCACAGAAAGAGGGAGAGAGAGCAUUGCCGUCAAUCCCUAAGGUACCUAACAAUGAGAAGAAGGUGGUAGAGGGGGUGGUCCGGAGCGCUGGGGUGCGUGCCAUCUCUGUCUCAGAGGAUUGUAGUGGGGAUGAGACGGAUGAUUAUGCUGAGAUUAUAGACGAAGAGGAAACCUACACCAUGCCUUCAACAGUGAGCUAUGGAGUAGACGAAGCCAGGGACUAUGAGAUCCAGAGAGACAGGAUAGAGCUGGGACGCUGCAUCGGAGAGGGCCAGUUUGGAGACGUCCACCAGGGAGUCUACAACAGCCCGGAGAAUCCCACUCUGAACGUGGCCAUUAAAACGUGCAAGAACUCCACAUCGGACAGCGUGCGUGAGAAGUUCCUUCAGGAAGCAUUGACCAUGCGUCAGUUCGACCACCCCCACAUAGUGAAGCUGAUCGGUGUGAUCACAGAGAACCCAGUGUGGAUCAUCAUGGAGCUGUGCACGAUGGGAGAGUUGCGGUCCUUUUUACAAGUCAGGAAGUACAACCUGGACCUGUCAACGUUGAUCCUGUUCUCCCACCAGCUCAGCACAGCCUUGGCCUACCUGGAGAGCAAACGCUUUGUCCAUAGGGACAUUGCUGCCAGGAACGUGCUAGUGUCUUCCACAGACUGUGUGAUGCUGGGAGACUUUGGCCUCUCGCGUUACAUGGAGGACAGUUCCUACUACAAAGCUUCCAAGGGGAAACUUCCAAUCAAAUGGAUGGCUCCAGAAUCCAUCAACUUCAGACGCUUUACCUCAGCCAGCGAUGUGUGGAUGUUUGGUGUGUGCAUGUGGGAGAUCCUCAUGUAUGGUAUCAAGCCCUUCCAGGGCGUGAAGAACAACGAUGUCAUCGGGCGGAUAGAGAACGGAGAGCGUCUGGCCAUGCCUCACAACUGCCCCCCCACCCUGUACAGCCUGAUGACCAAGUGCUGGGCCUACGAUCCCAGCAAGAGACCCCGCUUCACAGAACUCAAAACCCAGCUCAGUACAAUCCUGGAGGAGGAGAAGGCCCAGCAGGAGGAGAGACUGAGGAUGGAGAUGAGACGUCAGGUGACUGUGUCCUGGGACUCAGGGGCAGCUGACGAGGCCCCCCCUAAACCCAGCAGACCUGGUUACCCCAGCCCUCGGUCUAGUGAAGGAUUCUACCCCAGCCCUCAGCAUGCUGGACAGCUCAACCAUUACCAGGUUGGGUACCCAGGCCCUCACGGCAUUCCCGCUAUGCCCAGUGGAGGGUACUCUCCCCAGGCCGGUGUUCUGGACUCUCAGGAGGCCUGGAACCACCACCGACCAGGAGACGUCCCCAUGUGGUCCCCCAACAUGGAGGACGGAGGUGCGUUGGACAUGCGUGGUCUGGGCCAGGCGCUCCCCCCCCACCUGAUGGAGGAGAGGCUGAUGAUACAGCAGCAGCAGAUGAAGGAGGACCAGCGCUGGUUGGAGCAGGAGGAGUGCUUCCUGAAGCCAGAAUCCAGGAACUCGCGGGGCAGCAUUGACAGGGAAGACUGCAGUCUCCAGGGGCCGACAGGAAACAUAUACCAACCAGUGGGACUGGGGAAAUCAGAGCAUGUGGCCCCUCCUAAGAAGCCUCCUCGUCCUGGAGCCCCCAGCCACCUGGGCAGUCUGGCCAGCCUCAACCCUUUAGAAAGCUACAACGAGGGGGUCAAGAUCCAGCCUCAGGAGAUCAGCCCUCCCCCCACGGCCAACUUGGACCGCUCCAACGACAAGGUGUAUGAGAACGUGACAGGCCUGGUCAAGGCUGUUAUAGAGAUGUCCAGUAAGAUCCAGCCAGCCCCUCCAGAGGAGUACGUCCCAAUGGUCAAGGAGGUGGGACUAGCGUUGAGAACCCUAUUGGCCACAGUGGACGAGACCAUACCAGUGUUACCAGCAAGCACACACAGAGAGAUUGAGAUGGCCCAGAAGCUGUUGAACUCUGACCUGGCCGAGCUGAUUAACAAGAUGAAGCUGGCCCAGCAGUACGUCCUCACCAGUCUGCAGCAGGACUACAAGAAACAGAUGCUGACGGCGGCCCACGCCCUGGCCGUAGACGCCAAGAACCUGCUGGACGUCAUCGACCAGGCCCGGCUCAAGAUGAUCCACACCCAGUCCCGAGGGUCACACUAGCCCCCUCCGACUCCUAGCUCCUUGGGCAUGGAAGACCUUUGAGGGGAGGGAGAGGGAUAUAAGAGGGAAGGGGGUCUGGUGCUGUGGAAAUGGGGCUGGUUGGUUUCAGCUCCCAUAGCAAUCAUAGACCGCACAAUAAGUCACAAGUCAAGACUGCUCAGCUCGCACCUCGAUCAGAGCUCCUGCUACUACAGGAUAGAGACAGAACUGGUCACUCGACUCAAUCGUACCCUUCCACCCCCUUCCUGAAAACUGUUUUAUAGGCUUAUGUUCUGUCUGUCGCUGCUCUCCAGAAUGUUUGGAGGUCAGUUACAUACAAUCUCUUCUGUUUUAUUCGAUGUGUCGAUUGUUUUAUCCAGAGAUUAAUUUCAGUGUGUUUUUUUUUUUAAAUCCAGAGAUUAAUUUCAGCUCACAUCAUCAGACGUUCUUCCAGGUGGCUGGUAAUAAUCACAGAUCUGAUCUGAAUACAAUUCCAACUGGAAGAUUUGAACCAUUGAAGAACUACAAGCUAUAUUUGAUUAACAUUUUCUUACGGAGAGAUCUCAGUGGUUGGGAUGUCUGUGUUUAACACUAUUACCUGAGGUGUGCUACAGAAUCAAAGCAUAUUAUGACUAUGUUUUGGAUGCUCAUCAUGUGUAUUUUGUCCAUUCUCUGACACACGGACUCGGCACAGUGAAUAAUAAAAUAUCACAAAAUGAAUGAUAUUUCUUUUUAUUAAACACAAAUGUCACAUGCCACUUUUUAAGUUAACUAAUAGUUAAUAUAGAAAGAUAUAUUUUUAAAGCAUUCAGCAUUUCUGGGAUUUAAAUGUUAUGAGAGGCUUAUUUUCGUCAUUGUAAACUUCCAGCACAUUUAAGUUCCACAGUGGAGAUGAACGAUCAUGUGAUUUGAAUCAUCUAAUAGUUUGGAGGUUAAAACCCCUGUCCCAUUGCUACUCAUUUCCUUAUCAACUGAAACUGUUUUUGUAUAUUUAACCAAGUCUGGUGUUACACAAACCUUCUUCUGAUUUUCUUGGGUUGUUCGUAUUCAUUAGUGCGCACACCGUAGCAAAACAUUUUGCAACGGAAAACAAAAACAAGCAUCUCUUAUUGGACAACUUCAGGUAGCCCCUCCCUGUUCCAGUACAUUUUCUUGUUUGGUGCCAAAUGAAUAUGACCAUGGUUUACGCGGAUUCUGCCCUUCCUUUUGACCAGGGUUUCUUGACUCGGUCCUGGGGCACCCACCUGGUUGACCAUUCAGGUUUUUGCCCAGGCACUACACAGCUUGAUGAUGAGCUGACCAUUCAGGUUUUUGCCCAGGCACUACACAGCGUGAUGAUGAGUUGACCAUUCAGGUUUUUGCCCAGGCACUACACCGCUGAUUCCAAACUUGAUGAUGAGUUGGUUAUUGGAAUCAGUGGUGUAGUGCAAAAGAUCUGAAUGUGCACUCAGCCCCAGGAUCGAGUUUGGGAAAACCCUGCUUUAGUCCACGUGUCAAACUCAUUCCACCAAGGGCUGAGUAUCUGCAGGUUUUCGCUCCUCCCUUGAACACUGAACAAAAAUAUAAACGCAACAUGCAACAAUUUCAGAGAUUUGAACGAGUCAAUUUAAAUACAUUCAUUAGGUCCUAAUCUAUGGAUUUCAUGACUGGGAAUAGUUAUACAUCUGUUGGCCACAGCUUUAAAAAGGCGUGGAUCAGAAAACCAGUCAGUAUCUGAUGUGACCACUACUUGCCUCCUGCAGCACAACACAUCUCCUUCACAUAGAGUUGAUCAGGUUGUUGAUUAUGGCUUGUGGAAUGUUGUCCCCCACCUCUUCAGUGCUUGUGCAAAGUUACUGGAUAUUGGCUGGAACUGGAACACGCUAUUGUACACAUCGAUCGAAAACAUCCCAAAUGUGUGACAUGUCUGGUGAGUAUGCAGGCCAUGGAAGAAAUGGGACAUGUUCAGCUUACAGGACUUGUGUACAGAUCCUUGUGACAUGGGACCGUGCAUUAUCAUGCUGAAACUUGAGGUGAUGGCGGUGGAUGAAUGGCACGACAAUGGGCCUCGAGAUCUUGUCACUGUAUGUCAAAUUGCCAUAUCUGUAGUUAAUGCUUGCCUGCCCAUACCAUAACCCCACCGCCACCAUGGGGCUCUCUGUUCACAAUGUUGACAUCAGCAAACCGCUCACCCACACAACGCCAUACACACCAUCUGCCCGGUAGUUGAAACCAGGAUUCAUCCAUGACGAGCACACUUCUCCAAUGUGCUAGUGGCCAUCGAAGCUGAGUAUUUGUCUGAGUUUGUGAGGCCAGUUGGAUGUACUGACAAAUUCUCUAAAACAAAUUUAAAGGCGGCAUAUGGUAAAGAAAUUAACAUUAAAUUCUCUGGCAACAACUCUGGUGGACAUUCCUUCGGUCAGCAUUCCAAUUGCACACUCCCUCAAAACUUGACGCAUCGUGUUGUGUGACAAAACUGCACAUUUUAGUGGCUUUUUGUCCACAGAACAAGUUCUACCUGUUGAAUGAUCAUCCUGUUUAAUCAGCUUUGAUAUGCCACACCUGUCAGGUGGAUAGAUUAUUUUAGCAAAGGACAAAUGCUCACUAACAGCGAUGUAAAUAAAUUUGUACACAAUAUUUGAAACUUUUUGUGCGUAUAUCAAAUUUCUGGGAUCUUUUAUUUCAGCUUAUGGAACCAACACUAUUUUUGUUCAGUAUACUUCAUUGAUGAAUGAAGGUCACUUAUUAGUAAAGAACUCCCCUCAA